AUGAACCGGAAAGCUUUAGUCUGCUCUUGGACUAGAGAGGCAUCAGUGCUUGGUUCACUUCUUGGAGCCACAGAUAGGACGGGGAGGAAUGUAGUACCGUAUGAAUUUAAAGAACAAGUAGAGAUGUUAUCAAAUGUUAAGUCUGUAGUUUCCCAGUUUGAAAGUUUGUUAGACCUAACAAUAAACAAUAAUCUUCUCAUCUCUUUGUUGAUACUGGCAGCAACAAGUGUAACCAUGUCCACAGACACAGGUGUUGGUGUACAGAUAACAAAAAGUUUUAUGAAUGAAAAACCAUAUGAAUGUAACAGAAAUCUUACAGUAACUUGUAAGUUUAAAACAAACAGAACUGUUGUCGUAUGGAGGAUGUCAAAUGAUAGACGAAAAAUUGCGGAAUGUUCACUGUUACAACACAAAUGCAGUUUAAAUGAUGAUUAUAUUGGGCAGUACGAUUAUUCAGCUGAUUUGACAGGAGGGAUUUUUAAUUUGACAAUUAUACAUAUGACUAUGCAGUACAACAGAAGAAAACUGGUGUGUUCAGAUGGAUCUAGCUCUGAUUCGCACGUCAUAAAAGUUACAGGCGCAGAUAUUUCUAUACAGCAAGCUAGUAGAACAAAUAAUCAAAAUCUAGAUGCGUAUGGCAAAAGCCUAACAUUAACUUGUCUGUUUAUGAAGAGGAGCUCAUACUCAUUUGUGGUAUGGAAGAAUGCUAACAAUAUUGAGAAAAUUGCGAUAUGUGAACGCCAAGAAUGCAGCUUAGAUACUCCUUAUGCUGAAAAGUACAACAUUUCUGCUGAUUUGGAACGGUGCAUUUUCAAUCUGACAAUACUAAAUGUGACUGAGAAAGACAACGGACGAAAAUUAGUGUGCUCAGAUGGACCUCAUAGAGAUUCCUACAUCGUAACAGUCAGAGACUACAGGCCAAGAUUUUAUACAGGUCCAAAUACCUUAACAGCCACAUCUGCCUGUGUUUCUAAGGAAAUGAACGUGUCUUUCAAAUGGAUAAAGAUAUGUGCUAACAAUGGAAUUGAGAAAGAAAUCAACCCUAAAUUCCUAAACAAAAAUACAACAACUUGUUCCAAUCUGUCUACGUUUGGAAAUGACCACGAACUACUGUACACAGAGACAGUUCCUACUAAACUUACUAAUGAGGGGAAUUGCUCUCUAACAGUAUUAGUGAUGUACGACAAUGAAGGAAUAGAGUCAAGAGUUUCUCUGACAAAUUGCACGAUCAUUGAAGAACCAGACUACAAAGAUGAAAACAAUGUUAAUGUUCGGACUGGACCUACCAAUGUUCCUGUUAUCGUGAUUGCAGUCUCUGUAACUAUUGUGUGUUUGGUAAUUAUCGUUGCAAUUGUGUUUUGUAGAUACAAGCGUUGGCAAAAGAAACUGCCGGAAUGCAUUAGGAAACUGCCGGAAUGCAUUAGGAAACUGCCGGAAUGCAUUAGGAAACUGCGAGGAAAACAAUAUAAGAAAACGGAUACUAGCUCUUCAAUAUCUUCUGAUGUGCAAGUGAACAUUGCAUGUGCUGGAAUUUUACCAGAAAUGACAAGUCAAGAUCUAAUUUUGUCAUGGUCAGAUGUUCUUUUGUUUACAGUUACACUCUUUGAACUUGCAAAAGAUUUGAAAAUUCACAAUUUCUAA